AUCAUCACUGUAGAUUGUUAACUGGUUGUCCCCCGAUGAAGCAGAGUCCCUACGGAGAGCUUCGUACCUUGGUCAAUGGCGAGUAACGGGAGCAAGCGGGUGCGACCGUGGGACAAGAUCCGGGCACAGCCCUUGUCCGACAAGGCAACCAAGGUCGGACGCGAUAGCCAAUCCCUCGAAGAUGUUCCACCAGUGGAAGUUCCUCGCAUUGCGAUUGAUGGAGUGGAAUUUCUAAGUGAUCGCUUUUAUUUGAACAAAACAAUCUACGACGACGGGAUUGCGACAUCGGCGUCGCCUGGUGGAGUGGGACUCUACGCGACGGCGACGAGUUGUACGAAUGCGUGCCGGUGUGGAGCCCGAUGCCCUCCGCCCUUGUUCGAUCGCUCGCGACUCGUAGCGCAACUGAAUUUGAAAGCCGCAAUAUUGGUAUCGUAUACUGUACAACCAUCUUGGCUCGCCAAAGAGUUUCCUACACUACUCGGUCCCCACGCCAACGUCCCCACGUUAGUUCUGCACGGAAAAAAGGGAUUGAUUGCGGAUCCGAUUCACGGUGGAGCCAAAAAGUAUAAGAUACCAACUAAAGACGAACAAGACGACAGUUCGUUUACUAGUCAGGAUGAAGAAGAGAGCCCUCGGGAUGAGGCUGUUCAGAACUGCCCGGCUCCGCCACCGGUUGCGAAAGCCACCUUUUCAUCAACUCGCAAUGCGGCAGAAAAGUCGUACUCGGAACGCGCAUUCUGGACACAAGUACAGAAUGCAUUCAUUCCUUCACAACACAUUCCUCGGUCACGUACAGCGUGGUUGGCGGAAGAUGGUUGCUCAUUGAAUCCGUCUUUAAUUGAACACCGAGUAUAUAGACGAGGUGUACACCAUCCCAAGUUCAUGAUUUUGUUGGAGAGAUCCGGGGAUGUUGUGGUGGUCGUGUCGACUUCGAAUUUAACGGAACCACGUGCCACAGAUGCUUCUUGGUUACAGCGCUUUCCCGCUGCUCGAUCAUCAAGAGAAAGGAAACUAAAGGAGGAGGAGGACGAUUUCGGAAUAGUCCUGACCAACAUGCUCGAGGCGCAGACUCUGUCUUGUAGAAAAGGUCACGUCACGCCUAUGGGGUUUUGUCGUCAAGAACUUGGCUGGAAUUCUUUACGCGAUCUGACGAAACACUUUGACUUUUCCAAAGCGCAAGUUCACCUGGUGGCCACCAUUCCUGGGGAUCGACUGAGUAAGACUGCGUCACCAUCUGAACUCUUUGGACGACAGAGGGUUUCCGCGGUGAUGAAAAGACUCUCGCAAGGACCCACUCCCAGGCUCCCGCCCAUCCUUCGAUCAGAGGACGAUCGACUCAUUGUGCAGCCGACAAGCUUAGGAAGCGAAUGGACAAGGGCGAAUAUGACGGAGGUGGUUCGCAGCUAUCUUGGGCAUGAAGAUCGCGAUGUAUCAAAAGUAAGAGAUGCCCAAGUCUUUCCACGACUCGAUAUAUUAUGGCCGACCGAAAGGUUUAUGAAGGCAUAUCGGACCGGCUUCGCUGGUCGGGGCUCGCCCGCCUCUGUUGUGUGCAUCGGCGACGCGUUCGACACGAAGGAGCUCGUAUUGUUCAAAGAAAACGAAGGAUACUUGUUCUUGUCUUCUGACACGUUCAGCAAAAUUGACUUGUCGUGCCUUUCUCGAAUGGCUCAGUAUGAAGUGAGUGUCCCUUUGCAGAGAUCAUGCUUACCGCCACACAUCAAGAGCAUCUGUAGAUUGUUUCAAGGCAAUGAUUAUCGUCUGCGACAAGAUUAUGGUCUCCCGAAGAGCGAGGAGAUUUUUUCUUAUUUCCUCUUAACCAGUGCCUGUCUAUCAAGAGGCGCCCAGGGGGAAACGUUAACUCAAUUAGGUAGCCGUGAGACAGUUGUCUCGUACGCCAAUUUUGAACUCGGCGUAUUGUUCACUAGCCGGCUGCAAGGCAGGGCCUCGGAUCGUGUAUACGGUUGGAAACCAGCACAGUGCAUGUGCAGAAAUAGGCCGCGCACUUCUUUGAUUCAUCUGCCAGUUCCCUUUUCCUUGCGCCCGGCGCGUUACCAGUCCGACCGAGACGAUGUUGAAUUCUGCGAAACACCUUACUUUCAUGAAAUUGCACUAGGGACUGCUUGUGUCGGGAAUAUGAAACUUACUCCAUACGGCUCUGCUAUUGCCAAUCAACAGGAAAGUAAACGAAUAGACAUUCCUUAA